AUGCCCAUCAGCGAUGCGGAGCUUGAUGUUGCCUUGGAACUGGCGUUGCGGGCCGCUCAUGUCGCCGCAUCAAUCAUCGACAAGGCCAUCGAGGAACGUGGCAGCACACUGCUGGACAUUAGUGCAAAAGAUAACCCCGUCGAUCUCGUGACACAGUACGAUAAGCAGUGCGAAGAGGAGGUACUGGCGAUCCUCCGCACCGGCGCGCCACACUAUGAGAUCCUCAGUGAGGAGACGCACAGUGACACGGUGCUCGGCGAUGAACCCACGUGGAUCGUGGACCCGAUCGAUGGCACCACCAGCUUCAUUCACGGCCUCUUUGACUGCUCCGUUUCCAUCGCACUUGCGGUUGACAAGCAACCGGUCCUCGGCGUUGUGAGUGCACCGCGGCUGCAGGAAGUCUUCUCGGCGGUGCGAGGCCGUGGCGCAUGCUGCAACGGCCAGCGUAUCCACGUGUCGAAGAGGUGCAGCCUUCAAGAGUCUGUUGUAUUUCUGCACCAGGCGUACAACCGCAGUGAGGCGGCUGUCAACAGCAUCAUUGGAAUACAAAAGGAACUUGCCUGCCUCCCUGUCCACGCUAUUCGCAACAACGGCUCCGCGGCGCUUGAUAUGUGCUUCGUUGCGAGCGGUAGGGCAGAGCUGUACUUCGAGGUGGGUAUUCAGCCGUGGGACAUCGCUGCUGGCGCCAUUAUUGUUCGAGAAGCGGGUGGUGUGGUGCACAACAUUGACGACACGGAAUCGUUCGAUAUGAUGUCCCGGGGGUUCUGCUGCGCAAACUCGCUGGAGCUCUCAAAGGCGGGCAUUGAGCUCAGCAAGAAGUAUAAUUACAAGAGCGUGACAUUAGGGAAGUAG